CGAGAGGCUGCCCACUUGGAAGCGGCACUGUGGCAAAACCAUGGUGCGCGCCGCAAGGGCAGCCCUCGCCCUCAUCACGCUACCAUACGUCGAUGCCGCGCUCAAGACCUACGCCAACGCCUCCACGGAACUCACCAACUUGGAGCACUUCUUCGACGCGCACCUCUCAACCGGACUGCCGGCCUUGCUCGGCGCGCGCCCGCCCGUCGACGGUGACGUCGAUAAGGCUCUCAAGGGCUGCGCGAAGACGGGCUUAGCAUUGGACGCGUGCCCGGCGCUCCUGGAGGUGCUGAGCGUGCCGCGCUACGCGGCGCAUGAUUACGUCGCGCGGGCCGCCGGAUUGAGAAAUGCGUCUCAAGAAAGUGCCUCGCCCCUGUUUCUGUACGGUGGCGCCAAGGACGAUGGGUGUACGCAGCCGGCGCAUUCGUUAUAUGCUGUGCUGAAAGGCACGGCCAGUGCCACGGGCGCCUUUGGCACGGCGAAACUGGACGACGACGCCAAGGCCAUGCUCUUCGUGCCCGGGAACGACGACAAGUUGACUUUCACCGUAUCAAAGGGCGCCGCCGUGCGCUUUUGUGUGGUGGACGCGUCGAACGUGCAUUCAGUAAGACGCCUGGCGAAGGAGUCGCCGGACGUGCAUUUCCCCCACGCCAAGUCCUUGGUCAUUUCUGAGUUAUUGACAGCUUUGGAUGACCCCGAGUUCGACUUCGUGAUGGCGCGGUCCUACUCGGAGAUGCCUUGGAGCGAAUUCGCGACGCGCGUCGCCCGCGUCCGCCGCCACGCCGUCGCCGCGAUCACGAUUACCGCGCAGGUGGCCGCGGCCCGCGCCGGAAGAAAAACCCGUGCACCAACAAACCAAACGCCAGCGCAAGAACUUCGGGAGCUGGCAGUCCGAGCAGCGCUGGAACUGGCGCGUCGUGAGUGCCACGAUUCCGGAAUUACCACCCCCCGAAGUGGUCCACGCCGGCCGCGAGCGCUGCGAAUUGCGACUCUCGUCGUCUUAUGAGAGGAGGAAGCACGACGACCGGCCCUUUGGCUUCGAGGUCCAGUUCGAGCAGGUCACGCCACCGGAUGCAAGUCUGGGCGAGGUCGCGGCGUGGGGACCCGGAGAUGAGAAAGGUACGCAGCGCUUCGACGCCGCGUCGCAUCGUCAAGAAAAACAUGAGACGGUCUUCGCGAACCACAAGUCCUACAUCGUUGAUGUGAAGGACACGUUACCCGCGCGCGGCUACGUGUUUCGAGUGCGGGUGUAUUACGGCGAGGUUGAAGGUCCCUGGUCCAAACCAUCCGAAGAAGCUAGCACACCGGCGCGCGGCGCACCGUCAAAAAUUGUUGGUUCAUCAGUACAAGCUCUGGGACGGGGCCUCACGCUGACAGUACCUAGACCUUUUGAUGAUGGCGGUUCCACGAUAAAAGGCCUCGUCCUCAGAUUCAGGCACCACGAUUCUGAAAACUUUCCCGGCGCCUGGCGCCAUGUUGGUUCAUUUGCUACGAAGGACUGGCCUUUGCAGCUAGAUGUCACGAAUGAACUACUGACAAGUCGAGAGGACAGUAGCCAUAACCACUCCUACGAGUUCUCCGUGGCACCCUACAAUCGGUUGGGUGUUGCUCCUUGGUCCGGUCCUACGGCGCCCUGCGCCACGAACAACGAAGAGAAGGCAGUAUCAUAUGGGCAUGGGGCCUUCGAUCGCCACACGCGGCACCACAUUCCUACUGAUGAUGAACUUGUACAAAUAGCAACAGAAGAAGGAAAAAAACUCUACGAAGAGGCGUCGCACUACGUGCGGAAACAUUUGGAUGACUUAUUUGACGAGCACGCGCACUCGGUUCACGGUCCGUUGGUUUCUAUUGGUGGAUCUUUAACGGCUUCCUUGGACGUCUACGACUCGUUACAUAAUUAUAGAAGACCAAAUGCGCGGCCGGACUACUCGGCGCAGGCCUGGCUCUGCCACUGGUCUCCUAGAGGCCACAAAGCGGUGGCGGAGCUCGUCGCCGCGGACCCCCUUGAUGCUUGUUCUACACAUAAAAACGCGGCACCUCUACGGGGACGGGUGGUUUUAGUGAAGCGGGGACAGUGCCCCCUGGCCACGAAGGCGUUGCUGGCGCAACGGGCGGGGGCGUUAGGUGUUGUGAUUGCGGACAACGGAAAGUGCACGGCCCUCGACCAGUACUGCGUGCCCGGCGCUGAUAGAUCAAGGGGCGAGGCCUGGGCGCGUUUGGAUUUGCAAAGGCCCUGGGCCGGUGUGCAUAUUCCGGUCGUGUUGGUGCUUGCGGAUUCCGCGGCUCACGUGCUCGAGCACUUUCCUGUCGGUGAUGGGAUGAACGGGACAGUGGCCCAUUCCCUCUUUUCUGAGGAGGAGGAGGCGGGGAAGGGCGGGGAGCUAUAAUAUGUUACAGU